AUGAAUGUACAAGAACAACAACAUGUACCAAAUAUAUGUUUAGGAUAUUUGAUAAAUCAUAUAAUACAUAAUGAUAGAUUAUGGGGUAGUUGUGGUAGUAAACUAUCAGAAAGAGAUAUUAGUGGUGAUAGGUAUUGGAUAGAUACCACUCUACCAUUGGUAUCUAAAUUCUUUCACCAAAUCAUCACACGAGCCAAACAACAAGCAAUCAUCGAAUCAACCACUGACGAGACACGAACCGAUGUUGAAAUAGUCUUUCCAACUCAACACAAUAACCAGUGUUUUGAAAGACUCUUGGAACGCCACCCACAAGUAAACAACAUAUCAAUGUUAUUUGCAAAUUUCAACAAACCAAUCUAUGAACAAGCCGAUAUCAUCUAUUACGAUGAUAUGCAAGCACUAUAUCAUUUAGUUGAAUCUAGACUUGCCCUAUCGGUCAAACGUCUUGCCAUCAAAGAUUUCGGACCAGUUCAAUCAAACCCAACUAGAAUGUUUACGGUCUUGGGACUCUUUAAUUUAAAGUCACUGUCGAUCACUCCUGGAUGCUCAAAUCCCGUUUCAUGGAACCCGUAUUGUGAUCUAUUACUUGGAUACCUUGAUCGAGACAACACCAAACUAGAUUAUUUUUGUAGUGGUAAUCUAAAAGACACCGUUGUUCAAUAUCUACUUGGUAGUAGUAAAUGUACAAUCAGACACAUUAAACUAUGUAAACUAUGGAGUCUACCAAAGAUCACCCGACCCAUUGAAACAUUUGAAUGUUCAUUAACAGAGAAAACAACUUUUCAAAAAGAAGAAAAAGACCUAGAUUCAAUCCACCUAGUUGAACAUCUUAGAGUAUCCUAUAAAUCAAUCAAAUCAACUCCAAUCCCAUCAUCUCAUUUUAAUUUUAUUAAAUCAUUUAUUAAUAAUCAUUUAAACAACAAAGAUAAUAACAACAACAACAAUAAUAAUAAUAAUAACCCGAUUAAGAUUAAAUCAUUAUCAAUAGUUGUUUAUUUAAAACAAAUAUCAGAGUUGAUGGAAUUUUUAGAGAAUGAAUUUAAAUCAUCAAAUAAUAGUAAUAUAGAGGAUAAUGGAAAUAGAUUCUAUUUUAAAUUAAUAAUUAAAAAAGUAGGGUUAAUGCAAGCAUUAGCUAGAAAAGUAGUCUCUACAAUAUUGGAUGAUCCACAGAAUAUUCUUGGACCAAAGAUAUUAAAUAGAGAUGAUUAUGUAGAAUUUUUAGAUGAUCUAAAAUUAUAUAAAAGACAAAAAUAUAUGUUUUCUUUGGAUAGAUCAAACAAUAACAAUAAUUCACCAAACUAUUAUUCUCCUUUACAACCAAGUUACUCACCUGAUUCACCAGAUCUUGAUCAAGAACCUUAUUCACCUUCAAUGUAUAUACCAGCAUCACCAAAUUAUACUCCUUCAACUCCAAAUAAUAUUAAUAAUAAUAAUGAUUAUUCACCAUCUACUCCAUAA